ACGGAGGAGCCGACAUGUGUGCAGAUAGGAGACCCUGAGAUCGCCCAGCUGUCCCAGGACGGGGACAUUGUGUUGGGCGGAAUCUUCUACUUCCACAGCAGUUGGAAGAACAGAGAGGACAUGUACACACAAAAGCCUUUGGCUCUGCAGUGCAUCAGCUUGAAUUUCAGAGAGUUCCAGUUUGCACAGACCAUGCUCUUUGCCAUUGAGGAAAUAAACAACAGUUCAGACCUGCUGCCGGGCGUUUCUCUGGGCUAUAACAUCUACGACACCUGUGGUUCGAUUCCCAAAACCAUAAAAGUUGCUCUGGCUUUGAACAAUGAUAAUGUGAAUACAUCUUCAAACUCUGACACUCCGUGUACCAAACCAGUACAAGUUCAGGCUAUAGUGGGGGAAACUUCUUCAUCUCCCAGCACAGCAAUAGGUACUCUCAUUGGGCCGUUUCACAUACCACUGAUCAGCCACUUUGCCACAUGUGCCUGUCUCAGUGAUAAAACAAAGUAUCCGUCGUUUCUCAGAACAAUACCCAGUGACUACUACCAGAGCAGAGCCCUCGCCCAACUGGUCAAACAUUUCGGCUGGACUUGGGUCGGAGCCAUCAGAACCAACGACGACUACGGCAACAACGGCAUGGCGACGUUCACAGAAAUUGCAGAGCAGCUGGGCGUCUGCCUGGAGUAUUCAGUUUCUUUCUUCAGAACGGAUUCAACAGAAAAAAUCCAGAAGGUGAUCGAAGCGAUACAGGCGUCGACCUCCAAAGUGAUUGUUGCUUUUGUAUCGCACUUGGACAUGGACGUGCUGAUACACGAGAUGUCCAACUAUAACCUGACCGGGUACCAGUGGGUGGGAAGUGAGUCCUGGAUCUUUGAUUCUCAAAUUGCGGCAGUGGAUAAUAAUCACAUCCUGGAUGGAGCGAUUGGUGUUUCCAUCCCCAAUACACACGUAAACGGUCUCAGAGAGUUCAUACUGGACCUGAGGCCACUCAGGUCUUUAAAUAACGACUUGUACAAAGAGUUCUGGGAGACGUUGUUUAGCUGCAAGUUCAAGCAGGAGAAAUCGGAUGAACAUUACAGCGAAUGUACCGGACAUGAGGAUCUGACUGGAGUGGAGAACAGCUUCACUGACAUGUCCCUCAUGCCCAUUUUUAACAAUGUCUAUAAGGGAGUGUAUGCAGUGGCUCACGCUCUG